AUGGAAGAAUUAAUUCAAAAACGAUUAGUAGCUAUUUCGUCUUCUAACCAAUUCACUGAUGGAUUAUCGACAUAUAUUCGAACAACAAAACGAAGAUCUAUUAGAAAAAUAGAUUUUCCUAAACUUUUAAAUGACCUUUAUACAAGUUCUUUCUCGUCGGGUGCUGUACAUGGUGGAUUUCGACGUGCUGGUAUCUGGCCAUGGGAUGGUGAUGCAAUGAAAGAUAAAGUUGUUCGUCGAGCUUCAUCAUCGAAUAUUCUUAAUACGAAUGAUUCGUCGGCAAGUAGUAUUUUAUCAAGCUUGGUGGAUGAAAUUCGUACAUCAAAUGUUGAUACAAAUAAUUCUAAUAACUCAUCAAGUGCAAUUCAAAUGGAUAUUGAUUUACCAUCAUCUUCAUCUCGUCGUCAAAUAUCUUUUGAUGAUGACAGUAGUAAGGAAAGUGAUUCGGAUAUGAACAUGGAUAUUGAUCCAUCAACAAAACAAAAACCAACGUACAACAAUAUAUUUCAUGAUGAUGAGCAUUUGGAUGCUUCUUCUAAUCAAAAUAAUGGUGAUUUAACUAGUACAGCAUCAUCAACAUCAAUUUGA